CUAAAAUGAAUUAAUAUAUAAAAACAUCCGCUGUCGUCAUCAGUUGCGCUCCGAUUGGCCAGUCCUGUGACAGAAUGUGACGUCGGCGCCGCCAGCGUGGAACGUGCGGCAGGUCCAGGAAGUAAACUGUCCGGCUCGGUGCUGCGGGAUACGGAGCAGGAACAGUAAAUACGUGUCAAAGUCAACAUUUCAACACGCAGCGUUCCCGAAACCCACCGAAGAGACGCCGCGGCAGUGCUUCGCCACAAAUUCCCUGCGUCACGGAGAAGCAGAGCCUGUCAUGCUGUCAGCUGAAUGCAGUGACGCAAGCUCACACACAUCUUCAAUGAUGGUGGACUCCACACUGACUCAAGUUGGAAAAAAUCUGAAUGAGGCCAUGAGGAUCCUAGGAGAUGGACAAGGAGAACUGGAGUCAGGAACCAGGAGGCAGCAUUUCGGCAGUACUGGAAUCCCUGGACCUCUGCAGGGAGACGGUCAGGAUGUCUCCACUUUACUGCACCUAGUUCACAACCUUAUUAACGACGAGGAGGAGGACGGGGAGAAGCCCACACUACAUAGGUUGCUGAAUGUGGGUGAACAGGGUCACAUGGCAUUGCUGGGUCACAGCCUGGCAGCCUACAUCUCAGUGCUGGACAGAGAGCGACUGCGGAAGCUGACCACUCGGAUACUGUCUGACACAACAAUGUGGCUGUGCAGGCUCUUCAGGUAUGAGAACGGUUCCGCCUGCUUUCAUGACGAUGACAGGGAUGGCCUCGUAAAAGUGUGUCGGCUGGUCAUCAACGCCCGCUACCAAGAAUAUGCCUCGGAGGGCUAUACAGUCCUAAGCUCCAAACAGCCAAUCAUCUACCAGAGUGCAUCCUGCAGGCCUGGUCUGGCACAGCACCUGUGCACUCAGCUUGGCCUGCCUCUCUCCAGUUUGUGCACGGUGCCAUGUAACACUGUCUUUGGAUCCCAACACCAAAUGGAUGUUGCCCUGUUGGAAAAACUAAUCAAAGAGGACAAAGAAGCUGGGAAGCUUCCUUUGCUAUUGAUUGCCAAUGCAGGUACCCCUGGAGCAGGACAUACAGACAAGUUGGGCCGUCUAAGGGACCUGUGUGAUCAGUACAGCUUGUGGCUUCAUGUGGAGGGGGUCAACCUGGCAACCCUGGCACUGGGGGAGGUCACUUCUGCAAUCAUGGCAGCUACCAGAAGUGACAGUAUGACGCUGACACCAGGUCAGUGGCUGGGACUGCCUGCUGUAACUGCUGUCACCCUCUACAGACAUGAAGACCCAGCACUGUCUCUGGCAGCAGGUUUAACCCCCAGCCAGCCUGUGGACAAGCUACGAGCGCUGCCUCUCUGGCUCUCCCUGCAGCACCUCGGUCACAGUGGAGUUGUUCAGAAGUUCAGACAUGCCACCAGUCUGAGCCAGCAACUCCUCCAGAAGCUAAAAUGUGUGACCUCCAUCAAAACAUCGGGCGUGGUGUCACCGAUCCCGCCCAUCUCCGGGGCUUCACUGCGGGACGUUCUGGGCUCUCUCAUGCUCUCUAUUGUGGAGGAUGAACUAAAGUCUCCUGUGGUGCUGUUCAAGUUUUCCCAAGAAAUGAGCGCCGCAUCCCGUGAGGGUUCAGUGGAGGGUUUCUGUGCUGGAGAGAAAGAGGUCCUUGAUGCCUUCAACAGAUGGCUAGGUGAACAGCUGGCCCAGCUGGUUCCCACCUCUGGAGUAGAUGUGGUGGAGCUCGAAGAAGAGGGUACCUGUGUUCGCUUCAGCCCCCUUGUGACUGCUGCAGUCCUGGGGACCCAGCAAGAGGAUGUUGAAGACCUGGUAGUGAAGCUGAUGGAGGUGGUUCCUGUGAUGGAUUCCACAUUGUGCCUGAUACAGGACUUCAGAGAACAGACCCACCGACAUUCACCCUCGCUUAGAUACAUAGAGGAGCACAGCUGGCCUGGCCUAGGAGCUGUUCGGUACGAGCCGCAGGCUGAUGGAAUGGAUGAGAUCAGGAGGAAGCAGGAGCUGGAGAAAAUUAACACUGAGCUGCUGAAGAAACUACAAGAGCUUGACACUGACAUCAUCUUCUCCUCUGGCUCUGAGUUUGGAAGAGAGGAGGACUGUAUUUUUGUGGGCAUGGUGACUGAAGAUGUGGAUGUUUGCGAGCUAGUGGAUACAAUAGCUGCUCUUGGAAGGGACAUAGUGGAGAGUGGAAGGCUGUUGGAGAACAUGACAGAGGUGGUGAGGAAAGGCAUCCUGGAGGCAGAGCUGCAGCUGCAAAAGGCCAACGAGGAGAAACUCAUUGAAGAGGGGAUGCUGAGGCAGCUUCCUCUGGUUGGCUCUGUGUUGAACUGGUUCUCCCCAGUUCAAAGCUCCAUUAAGGGAAGGACCUUCAACCUAGCUGCAGGCUCCCUGGAUUCCACAGAGGUGACUUACUCUACCAAGGCCCAGGCAGGAAAGCUGUCACUUCAAGACGCUCCCACUUCUUCUUCAAAGAGACUGCCAGGUCAGAGGUUGUUCCAGCGGUCAGGGGCAGGAUCAGACUCCAUAAGUGAAACCAGCUCCAUCGGACAAGCUGAGGAGACAACUAUGGAGAGGAGUAUCACUGAGAGCAGCAGCAUUCAACCUCCCAUCUCUCCAGCUGCACUAGAGACUCCAAGUGACACUGCAGGUGACGUCAUAACGGAGAAGAUCCAGGGGUCUUUUGAGCAGGUACCCUCACAGGUAGAGGCUGAGGAGCCGACAAAAGAGAUGCAGCCUGAAGGCCAAGAGGUGAAGCAGAGUAGCAGAUAGGACGACUCUUUCCGCAGAUGUCCUCCAACCGUCCUGUAAAUGGAACCAGCCUCACAGAGUUUAAUAAGAAAGGUGUAUUACAUUAUGAAUAUAACUUAUUGAAGGGUAAAGGUGAUGGAGCUAGAUUGGGCUGUUUGUCUUGGCCUUAUUGUUUCAGCACAGCUAUGAUGUCAAAGUGAAAGAAGAAUUGAAUUGCCAUAUUGCACACAGAAUUGUUUUUCACAGGGUUAGUUAAUUCACAAUUAAAUUGAAAACUCAACUCAAAAUCAAGCAGCUCAAUAUUAAAGUAAUUACCACAGUGGUUAAAAUGUUGAAACUGAAAGUUUAACUCAGUCACACACCAAAGUGUGUAACAGCUAUGUUGGUCCGCAAGGCAAAAACACUAAUUUUGUCAUAAAGGCUGUGAAAGUGUGAGACGCCUAUGUUUUUCAGCUAUUUUUUUCUGUUGGCCUGCAUCCAUCCAAGCCAUGUUGCUUUCACAUUUCUUUGACUUUGCAUAUAAAAACAAAAGUAAAAUCUGUAGAUGGAAGUGGGAGGGGUGGACAGGCAUAAAUUGGACUUUCACCUAGUAGAGUGGGCUUUAAAUACCAUGUGGAAACUUUGUUUUGUUUGUUUCCAGUUGCACUUCGCUUUUGUUUAGGUUCCAUCUUUUUGUUAGGUUUAGGAAAAGAUAAUACUUUGAGUUGAAAUACCUCUGAGCAAACAUUAAAAGCAACACUCUGGUUGUUUUCUACUUUGGUAAGCUGAUUAAUGAGUCCCACCCCAAAAACAACCCCUGAAAAAUACCUUCUUACAGCCUUUUUUGUGAAAUUAACACAUUUUGUGCUACAGACCAACACAGCUGUUGAGCUGUUGGAUUCCUCGUUGUAAAUAGUCUGCAACAACAUAUAUGUAACUCACCCACUCUGUAAUAAUUUAUGAUAAAUAAGCCAACGUAGACAGAUUGGAAUAUCACUGUGUAUUUCAUUUAGAAAAAAAACUACUGAUAGUACCAGUUACCUGCUUCCAUGCUUCAAACACCCCCUUGAUGUGUGCACUACCUGACAAUGCUAUGAUGGGGGGAGAAAUCCUGCAUAAAAACUAAAAUCAGAACAUUAACAACACAUGCAAUAAAAUUAUUAGGUUAGAUUAAUCAGAAAUUAAGUUUGAGGAUCAAGAUCUGAGAAAGAGACUAAGUAAGUAUUAAUUUGUACUGAAACUUCAAUAAGUACAAGAUCAAGUUGAAUUUUUGGGGGUGAAAAUAGACAUAUUGUGAGAUACAGAGGUACUUUUACAAGAAUAAAAGACAGUGCAAGGGAAAGAAAACAAAAUAGAAAAUAAAACAUUAUCUCAAUUUUAUAAGAGAAGGUCAUGAAUUGUGGUAAUUAAGUCAUGUUUUCAGAAAUAGAUCACAAAUUAAGAACAGUGUGUGUUAUUGGACUGGCUAGAGUAAUUCCAACUUAUAUAGUUGUUACUUUUUCAUGGCAACAGAAGCUCUUUACUACGGAGUAUUAAAAUAUGCAUUUAUCUUGGAGCAAUUAAAGUUCAUUCUCCACAUAUUCAGAAUUUUUCUCAUAAAACAAUGACAUUACUCCCACAAUAACAUGGCAUUUUCUUCACUUUUGACUUAUAAUAUGAAGACUGUUUUCUUAAAAUCUGUCUUUAGCCAUUUUUUGGACAUUAUAUCAAACACCUGUUACAACCACACAUUCAAUAAGGGUCAGAGUAAUUUAAAGCUUUUUCAUUUUUACGUAAACAUGUUUUUUUUUGUCUAUAAUGACAUCAGAGUAAACAGUUGCUACAGGGGAGCUUUGCUUCACAGGUUCUUUUCCUUUUCUGAAAAUUUUUUGGAUUACCAUUUAAAUAUCUGCAAGUACUACGGUAUAUUAUAGGGCCAAAUAGGUUGGGGGUAAAUUCUGAUAGAACCGGAAUUUUACCCACCCAACUUCAGUAUCUUAUCUUUUGUUCCCGUCCACAGGCUGUUGACUACGAGCAUGCUGUGUGCAAAAACGUCUUGUGAAAUGUUCUGUUUCCCGUGACUGUAAAUCACUGUUCAGCGUGGCUAUCGCACCAGCACAACGUCACAAACAACCGCCUGUACACGAUAUGAUUUUAGACUGUCUGACCUUGAUGAGAACAUUUGAUCUUCCAUCCAAAUGAUGGUCCUUUAUCUCACUGACCAACAGCUGAUUCUUAAAUUUGUGUCGUCAUGACCAUAGCACUUGCAGUACACGACACACAGCUCCUAACCAGCCAAUCAGAAGACAGUAUGGAAUCAUGUAGUUGUAGAGUCCUCACAGCUGAUGCUGCACAGUCUUACCCAGGCUGUGUUUUGGUUGACAAGCCUGUAGAACUACUGCAGAAGUUUUAGCAAGUCAAAUGUUAGAAGAGCAGAAAAUGGAGGCCUGCCACGAAGGUAUACUUGGCUGUGAUGGGAGCUCCUCUGGGCUUAUCAAUGAUCUAUACGUCAUGUGGAAAUGAACAGAAGUGACUGAGCCACAGUAGGUUUGAGAAAAAUGGUUUCAAAUUUGCUCUUGUAGUGGUGCCUUUAUGUAAAAACGUCCUGGAACGAAAGCCAAAGACACAAAUUAGGCCGGACUUGUCGAUUAGUGCUUUGAGCUGGUAGAAGAUUCACUGUAAAGACUUGUGUCUCUUGGGAAAUGUGGGUGAAAUACAAUGGUCAGAUAAGGAAUGACCACAAAGAAAUUGCACUUGUUAUGUAGAUAAUUAAUUUAGCACUGUUCUGUAUUUAAUUUCUCCUAUGGUGUAAAUGUAGCAGAAUCUUCUUCAUGACUGUUUCUGUCACGAUUCUAAUGCAAAUGUAAAUCAAAACCUUUCUCACCUUGCAAGAAUGUGUUUGAUGAAGAACUUUUUAUUUUGUGUGUAAUAUUCUGUCACUGUCUCAAAAUUCCAUGAUAUUUAAUCAGCGUAAUCUUUUAUUUUUAAUGUUUUUACUGCUAGUUUAGACACACUUUGAUAUGUUUCUGUUUCCGCGGAGUCAUUUAAUGCAGCUUUCUAAGGUUCAGGCAAAUUCUACGAGUACCUCUCCAUGCAUUUCAUAUUAGGUCUUCCUGUAUACAGUUGGGAGUUGGUCAUUGAAUGCAGCUGUUAUAUAAGUCAGCACACAUUUUGAACACUGAACAAUAAGUGGACGGAAGCUAAAUCUCAGCAGCUUACCUUCAGAAUUCAUGUGAUCUGGGACAUUGACAUCUUCAAUGAAAGGAGGUAAAAUAGUCAGACCAAUACACAUAAAUACGAUCUAGAUUUAUUGUAGAUUACCUGAGGUGUGGAGUUGAGAUGGACAGAAUCAGCACAGAUGAGCAAUAUGACUUCAAUUUAUUGCUUAUUUUUCACCCAGAUUAUAAAGGAUGAUGUUGUUAGCUGGUCAUUUUCCUAGCAGAAGAUUCACUUUACACUUACGUAAACAGGGAGGGAAAGUUGUGUUUGUCUGUGCAACAUGGAAAACAUUCAGCUCAGAAAUCAUACAAGACACACCAUUAGUUUGUCUCUGCUAACACUUAUGUUUGUUACCUUGUCCGUCUGGUGUUUUAUAUGCUGGAAGGCAUGUCAUGAGGGGCAGUCAACACAAUGGUUGGGCAUUUGCACCUCAAAUUCAGACUUUUGGGGUUUCAUGUAUAACAAAACCUAAAGAACCAAUGCUGUCAGUAUGCAUGACAGCGCUUUAUUCUUCUUCAGAAAUGGUUUCUGUUGUUUGACUGAAUUAUUCCAAUAUUACACUUUGCCAGUGUGUAGUGUAGAGUAGUUUUCGUGGGUGAGCUGGCGUGCUCGAGCUGCAGCGAGUGAGGAGGUGAUAAGUGGAGAGAGAAACAUGGAAUUCAUAGAUCUGCACAUUCUAGAUCAGGGGUGUUAAACUCAUUUUAGUUCAGGGGCCACAUACAGCCCAAUUUGAUCUCAAGUGGACCGGACCAGUACAAUCACAGCAUAAUAACCGACAAAUAAUGACAACUCCAAAUUUUUCCAUUUGUUUUAGUGCAAAAAAGUACAUUCUAAAAAGGUUCACAUUAAAUGAACCAUCUUUUUGCAAAACAUUAUGAACACUGACAUUUCUUAAGAAAAAUUAGUUAAAUUUCAACAAUAUUGUGCCUCAGUUUAUCAUUUGUGCAUUGCAAAGGCACAAAAACAUUUAGUCACAAUAUAGUAUUUUACUUUAUCCCUUCAUGGGACAGUGAUCAUAUUUGGUAACUUCCACACAGAUUAAAUCUGGCGUUGCUCCUGCCUCUCAGUGAGGUGGAGAAGCAUGUGGUUUUCACCCAGCCAAUCAGCAAAGACCACUCUACGUUACAGCACACUACAUCGUGGCAUUUGACCAAUCAGCAGAGGCCUGGAAAGUAUCAAACUUUCUCUUUUCUCCAAAGUUGGAAAAAGAUGGACUUGUGGCUCGGUCCUCUUCCAUAUUUGCGGUCGAAACGUCAAAACUAACCAUGGUUUGCUGAUGAAACUCACACAUUUUAUGGUUGAGUAGCUGUGCCAAGUGAUGAUAUACAUGUUUCUUGGAAUGUUUUUUUUGUUUUGUUUAUUACCACUAACGGGCAAGGAACUAUGUAUGGUAACUUGAUUAACCUUGAAUUUCAACAUGAAAAUUAAAAAUUUUGAAAAAUGUCACAAAAAUCUAAAAGUUUUGCAUCCUCCAAUAACACUGUAGGGUUGACAUUUUGAAUUUCAAAGUAUUUCAGUGAGUGCCCUUUAAAGGGUUUUGAUCAAAACAACUUGUCAAGAUCUAAAAAUGAUUUUAAAUUUACAUUCAUUUCCACAUCUGUGUAGUAAUUCUGACCACCUUAAGUGACACAUCAUACAAACUAAAUGGUAACUAUUAAGGAAGAAGGUUCAAUUAUCCUUCUGCCUUGUAAAUGUAUAAAAAUUACACCAAAAAAUACGUAAAAGUUGUGGCAGUAAAGUGGACAAAUUUAAAAUAGCAAUGACUUUUAUUGAAAGAUUGCAGUUAAUGUGUCUAUAAUUUUUACACUUUGCAAAGUUGUAUGUUUGACACCCCUGUCCUAAAAGGAGGAAAACCUGUAGAGCUGGCUUUCCUAAGCCCUUUUAAGACAGGUAUGGACUAUUUUCAUUUUUAAAAAAAUCCAAAUGUGUAACUUUAAUACACAGAGAUGAGUUUUAUCAGUUUAAUCAGCAACCAGAGAGCAACUAAAAUGCUUUGUUUUGAUGCUGGAAGGCUUGAGACUCACUUUUGACCUGUCAGAAUCAGUUCUGUAUAGCCCAUCGUCACGAGAUUUUUACCUCCACUGUAAUUGGCAACACAGUAAUUUCAACACAUGUACGAUCUAGUGCAACAAAUUGUCCCUUUGUGAAGCUUCGAGGUGUUGAUUCAACUCUGUGGUCAUUUUUAGGCUGUAGUUAGUGGUGUUCUACACUGUAAGGUGUUCUCGUUAGUAUGUCCGUCUCUUAAAGCACAGGAAGCAAAUCCUGUGUUGCAUUAUGAUGAAGAAGUGUUGCUUUUAUUACACUGCUUUUAUAUAAAAAUAGAUGAAUGCCUAUGAUCAUAUAAUAUUAAUUACUAAUAAAUAAUCAAAUCAUGCAGCUUAUCUAACAGCAGAGUUGGUCCGUUUUUUUUUUUAUUACUUUGAAAUGUAUGCCUUCAGGUGCUUCAUUCCAUUAAUAAGCCAUAUUCUCUGAGGUGGUUAAUGGUUGGACCACAUUACAGCCUGAGGGUUUAUUCAAAACCACAACACACUCUGAGAGAUUUCAUACCACACAUACUGGACACUUGUUCCGGUUCAUUCCAUCAGAUGUGAUAAUCACAGGGGAGCUGUUUGUAUGAGUCAUAUGUUGAUCCAUUCAGGUUUCCUCUGUGUUGUUACAAAGCUGUGAUACACCGCUUGUGCCAAAAGGUGAUUGAAAUUCAAUUAAUGGGUAAAAUUAAAAGGGAUUGACUCUAGAUAGUAAACAGCAAUGGAGACCAGUGUGUUGCAAACCAAACAUAUUUUUAUUAAAUCACGAACCCAGCAA